AUGGCAUCUACUUUAUUGAAAGUGGCCAAUGUGUCUCUGAGCUUGGCUCAAGACGAUUUGGAGUUGCAUUGGGAUCUCAACGACUUCAGAACAUUGUACCAGCUUCUUCAGGUUAACACACACAGCUCCAACAAAAACAACAAUAAUGGUACUUUUAAUAUUGAUCGAAACAUCAACAAAACAAAUGUUUCAAAUGCUAAUUAUCUUCUUAAAUAUCUUAAAAACGAUUUCAAUCAAUUGAUUUUAUUCAAAAGAAAAAACGUUGAGUCAAGAAAUAAAAUUUCAAAUGGUGAAAUUUCAAUCAACAAAAUAGAUUACAAACUCAAUAAUUCUUUUCAAUUGUUGACAAUUCAAUUAUCUGAUUUCUUGAAUCUUGAUGAGAUUAUCUCCGCAAACAUUUUGCUUAACACCUUAAAUGUCUAUAAUAAAAAUACAAAUAAUGACAACAACAAUCAAAAUAACAAUAUCAAUGAUUUAUUUAACUCGACAAAAGGAACUUCUUUAAUAGAUUUAGCAAUUAUAUACUAUUUCAAAAGAAAUGAGCUUUUGUUGUUGAUUUAUUCAUAUUUAGUUUUCAAUCCUAGUAAUUAUCUAGUUACGGAUUUUGAUUUAUCAAUUGACAAAGUUUUAAAUUCAUUCAAAGAAAUCGAGUUUCACUUGGAUCAUAUAAAGGAUCAAAUUAUCCAAAACCGUUUAUUAAGCAAUAGUAAUAAUUUAAACAGUACUAUUAACAACAAUAACUCAAUUAAUAGCACCAGCAAUAAUGGUGGUAGUCUGCUCUUUAACAACAAUAACGCUGGAAACAAUAUUCCUAAUUUUAAUAGCAUUUCCAAUAAUCUAAAUUCAAACGAAAAUAUUAAAACCAAUACUAAUAAUGAUGCCUUUUUAUUGAAUAUUAAUUACAAGAGAAAACAGUUGUUUAAUCAGUACCAAAUCUUAUCUCAAAUCUUAUACUCUUUUUUAAAAGAUAAUAAUAUUUUAAAUGAUAACAAAAAAAAUAAAAAUUUCUCAUUUAUUGAUUCUUUCUUAAAAAAUAAAACUUUAUUUAAAUCGACUCAAAAUAAUGAUUUGUUCAUAAUUUUUUACUUUCCUGGUAUAAUUGCUUAUUUUAAUACUAUAUUCACUAAAAAUUCAAGCUCACAAAUUGAGCAAAUUUAUACACAUUUUCAAAAUGAAUAUAAAAAUUACAGCCAAUUUGAUCAAAAGAAAAAUCAGCAACAAUCUUCAUUUUCCUCGCCUUCAUCACCUUCUUCCACUUAUUCAUCUCUAUCUAAUCCAUACUAUUCGGCUGUUUCGUUUAUUUUUUUAACUUAUCUUCUUAAUUAUUCAGUAUUAAUCAAAAAAAACAAAAAUUUUAAUUCAAAAAAUUCAAUCUACCAAAUCCAUUCAAUUCAAAAUUUAAUUUUAGAUUCAAUUAAGAUUUCCUCAAUCGAAACUCUAAUGUCAAUUAUGGCUGAUGUUCUGAUCUACUCUUCAUCAAAUAAUUCCUCGUUUGAUUUGUCGAAUUUAAUUAAAAGCAAAUCUUUUAUAAAUUUUAGAAAUUUGUUGCAAAAACAUUUACCAAUUUUAAUUCCAUAUAAAUUUUUAAAUGACAAUCCACAAUCAAUUAGCAAUGCUUUAUUUAAUAAUCAAGAUAUUCAAAACAACAAUAUUAUUGGCUCUGAUCAUUUAAAUCGUUAUCAAAUUGAAAUUGCCAACUAUAAAAUCGAUGAAAAUUUUAAAACUUUGUUAUCCUGUCAAUUGAUUCAAGUUGUUACUUUAUUUAUCAAAAACUCUUCAAAUUUAUUAAAUAAAAUUUCUGAUUUUGAAGAAGAUUUUCUUUUAUCAAAUUUGAAUUCAAAUCAAAUUGAAAAUUCUUCUGGUAAUAAUCUACAACCCACAAGUUUAAUUUCUAUCAACAAUAAUAUUAAUAAUCAAAUUGAUAGCAACAUUCAAAAUAAUAUUAGUAUGGAUUUAAAUUUAGAUGAAAUUACUGAAAUUGCAGAUUUAGAAAGGUUGCAUAUGUUAAUCUAUUAUAUUAAUAUAUUGAAUCCAAAUUUAACCGACGAAUGGUUUAACAAGCUAAACAUCGAUAUUGAAUUUGACUCUAAAAACAUAUCCAAUGACAAUAUUACUGAUAUUGAAUAUAACAAUGGUGAGAAUGAUUCCAAUAAUGACAAUACAAUGUUAGAUUUUAUUUAUUGGGGCUUGGUUAAAUCGAAUACAACUUUAAUGAAAUCUUGCUAUUGUUUGAUGAUUUCCUCUUUCAUUAAUGAUUCAAAGACUGCACUAAAUUUUUUUCAAAUUUUAAACGAUGGCAUACUAUUAAAAACUAUGCUAUCGGACAAUUCUACAGAAUCGAAAAAAAAUAAAAAUAAUCAAACAACCUCUCCUAGUUUUUUGAUGUUUCAAUCAAAUUCAACUGAUAUGACUACUCUACAGGUUAAUCGUAAUACCAAUAUUGAUAAAUUAAGUAUUAAAAGCAUUUUUGAAAUAUUAAAAAACUACAAUAACCAAUUAAUACAUUUUUCAAAUCAAUUUCAACAACAACAGCAGCAACAGAAAUUUCAACAACAACGUAUUUUGCUAAAUGGAAACUCCAACGAUGCACCUGCUAAAGUGCUUUCUGAAACCUCUGUUUAUGAGAUUUCAGCUUAUCUCUCUUUAUUUUCUAAAAUUGCUUCUUUAUCCGAUGACUUUAAAAAAUUAAUGACUAAAAAUUCCAAUUUUAACAUCAUUAAUAUUUGUUUUACUUUUUUGAAAUCAAAAGAAUGCAAUUUUUAUGGUUCUGUUUUUCAAACAUUAAAAUCCUUGAUCUCAAAAGAUUUAAACGUGUCCUAUAAAAUAUGGAAUUUACUUGAUUCUUGGAUUUUCGAGCAUAACCUUUACAAUGUCGACUAUAACAAUGGUUUAAUGAAUCAUAGUUUAAAAUUCAAGGAGAUUUUUGACAGGUGUUUUAAAAAUUUCAAUGAUUUACUUGGGUUUGUGGAAUUAUUAAAUCAAUUAAUUUCAUCAAAUUAUUCUACACAAUCGAAAUUGUCUUUGCCUUAUCCCAAAAAUUUAGGUUCUAAGUAUCGUAAAGCUGGAAUUUGGCCAUAUGUUGAGUAUUUACUUAGUGAAGUAUUUGUGAAUUUAAACGCUUCAGCGGUCGAUGUGGGAAAUAAGAAAUUGUUGCAAAUCUCAAUUUUAAAUUUCAUAUCUAAUUGUUUUAAAUUUCUUGAUCCCAAUUUAAUUUUAUUUAGCCAGUUGUCCGGGGUUGAUAAUAUUGAUAUUUUGGGAAAGAACCCUGAAGAUAAUAGCUUCUCAAUUGAUUUCAACAAAUUUUUGCUUGAAAACCCAUGUUCAGCUGUCAUGAACUAUCUUUAUCAACCUAAAGUUUAUCAUGUGUUAUUCGGAAUUAUUUCAGAGAGAUUUGACGAUAUAAAUCUUAAAGAAGAAGGGGACUUGAAUGUCAUUUCACUUUCGUCUUCUUUAAGUAUUAUCAAUAAUAUCAUUGAGCUUGAAAGAACAUUUAUUGAUAUUAUUCUUCCAUGCAUUAGAUUCAAUAAUAAAUUUGGGUUUUCAACAUAUUUACCUAAGAAUAUUGGUCUUUUUGGUAUAACUUCAAUAAUUGAGCCUAUUAUAAGUAACUUGUCGAUUAUUAUAAAUCUAUCUUUAUACAUUGGAUCAACUCAUCUUAAAAUCAGCUCUGAAUCAGUCAAAAUUUUAUCAAAAUUAUCUGUUUCAAGAGAAUGUACAGCUGUAUCUUCCAAGAUAUCAGGCAAAACCAAGAAUUCUUUUGUUCAAGGAAAUCGGUUGUUAACAGCUAUUCAAACAUUUGAUGUCAAUUCAAAAGUUCGAUAUUCAUUUAUUAAUCAACUUGAAUCACACUUACAUGUCAUUUUUCAUGAAUCAUUGAAUAAUAUUAGCGGAACUUCCAAACAAUUAAUAAAUUUAAAGCUUGAUAUUUUGAGAUUUCUUGAUAUUAAUCUUUCUUCAAUCGGACAGGAAAAAACUAUAUCUCAUUAUUUGUUGGGGAUUGAUUUUAACACGCAUUCAAAAAAUCCAUUUAUACUAUCCUCUUAUGAUGUUCCGAUGAUUUCUGGAGAAAGUUCAUUAUUGAACUAUAUUCUUUCAAUGUUUGAUUAUUUCUUGGAGAUGGUGGAGAAUAAAAACAAUGCAUCUAAUGAAAUUAAUUAUAUCGCAAUUAAAUUUUUAUCAAUGAUUAUGGAAAUUAUUUUGAAAUUGAUUAAAAAUGAACUAACUUCAGGUUUAGUUUUAAAAUUUUUGAGAAAUCAUAACUUUGAAGAUAAAAUAAUUAGUAUAAAUUUAAGGACUACUUUAAAAGCUACAAAAUUUUCUGGGAAUUAUUUUAAUAAUGAUUUCAAUAAUUUUGACAAUAAAUUUUCAUUUGAUGAUUCUAGUAGUGAUUGUUUCUUUCUUUUUUUCAAGUUGAAAUGUUUUAUUAUGGAGUAUAUUAUAAUUGAGUUGAAUGAGGAUAAUAAUAAUGAGGAUAAUAAUGAAAGACUGAACAAGUUGUUAAAUUACUUAAUUAAGAAAAAUGACUUUUCAAAAGAUUUUAUUAAAAUCAAUUCAUAUUUUGACUUUUCAGAAUUCAAUGUCAAGUUGAAACCUGAAUCAAAAGCUGUUAAAAAUUUAAAUUAUUUCAAGAAAAUCAAUUUAGAAUCGAUCAUUGAAUGGAUUGAAUUUUCGUCAGACGACUCUAAUCAUAGUGAUAAAAAGGAUUGUUUUAACAUAAAGACAUUGAAUUUAUUGCUUGAAUUAAGAUUGAAGGCUUCAAUUACAGAAAAACAAUUGAUUAAAGCUUCUGAAAAAAAGAAGAGUUUUUUCAGAAUGAUAAAUGAUGGUAAUAAUAAUAUUAACAGUCUCAUUCCUAGUAGUAAUGAAAGUGCAGAUAUAAUUAAAAAGGAUGAUAAGAACGUGGAUCAAAAACAAAUUGGAAAAGAAGAAAAUCAAGAUAUCUAUGAGGAAAUGAAGCGAGUUAAAGAGUUUAUUUUAAAUAUCAAUACUUGUUUUAAAGUCCAAAAGAUUCAAUCUAGAUGUUUAAAAACUUGGAUUAAACUCAUUGAAAAUAUAUUAAUUAAAAAUGAACUAAAAGCAUUUGAUAGAUGUGAUUUCAUUUUAGUUUUAUAUCAAUUGAUUAUACCAAAGAUAAAUUAUUAUGUUGAGAACAAUAUCACUUAUGCAGAAGAGUUAACAUCCUUGUCAUUAUUACUAUUCAAUUUGCAUUAUAAGGAUUUUAUCAGCAAUAAUAAUGAUGAUGACAGGGAAAAUGAUAACCAUAGUGGUGAUAGAGAUAGCAAUAAUACCAAUGUUUUAUUGUUUUGUGAAAGAUUGUUUCCGCUAUUUAAGACAUGUCUUAAUAGUAUAUUGAACUUUGAGGGAUCAGGUAAACUUCGUUGCAAUUUAUAUUUAUUAAUCAAUCAGUUUUUGUUGUCGGUUUUGGAAGAUAAGAAAUUAAGUUUGGAAUUAUUGAAUAGUACUAAGUUUUCAAACGAUAAAUUAACUGAGAUUUUAAUCAAGGAUUUUACUGAGAAUGGGGGACUAAUUAAGAUCAUUUCAUUAACUUUAUUGCAAACAUUAUAUCUUUUGGGAGAAAAGAAUGAGAAGAACAAUUUAAUUUUGCAGUUAAUAUUAAGAAAAAAAUUUGUUCUAAAAUUGUUAGCCAAGUUAAUUCAAAUCGAUAAAAUAUUACUAAGUUCUGAUGGGUUGAAAAAUUUUAAAAGCAUUGAUGUAAGCAGUUAUGACACGUUUAAUGGUAGUAAUUUUGACACUAAUUCUAACGACAAUAAAGAGAAUAAAGAGAAUAAGAUUAUUGGUAGCAGUAACGAUGAUGAAGACGAUACGUCAAUUUUAAAUUAUGUGAGAUAUGAACUAACAGUAUUUAAAACAAUAAUCAUUUUCUUAAUUUCUAUUUCAAGGAAUAAAAAGGGAUGCAAUAUAUUAAUCAAGGAUAAUUUUUUCAAAGAGUUGAAAAAGAUCCAAUUACUAAAGUUUGAUCUUGAAGUUGGAAUUGAAAUUGAGUAUAUCAGCAAUGGUGAAACGUUUGGGAAGAUUUUGAAUAACAAUUUGAAUUUAUUGGAAUACUCGUUGUUUAACAAUAGUAAUGACAACUUUAUAUUUCCCUUUGAGAUUGCAAUACCAAUUUUCCAAUUGGUAUCGACAGUGUUGAUCACUGUGGGCCCGAACAAUCGAUUUAUUGUAAAGGAAAUUAAAGAUAUCCUUGAUUCAUACAAAGAACCGAUUUCCAAGAUACUAAAGAAGCAUUUGUUGAUCAAUGACGAAGAGCUUAAAAGAAGGUAUUUCCACAAAAACCAAAAGCCCAAGCUAAGUGACAACAAGAUGAUGGUGUUGAAAUACCAGCAAGUGGUGGAUGUGAUAGCGUUGUUGGCCAUCUUAACAGAGUACAUUCCAUAG